AUGCCGGAUAUAUCGUCAAAUAAUGCAAGAGUCCCAAAACCACGCACCAAGACUUUCACUGGAUGCUGGACUUGUCGAGACCGCCGAGUGAAGUGCGACGAAGAAUACCCUCACUGUGGGCGCUGCCAGCGGAGUGGUUGGGUGUGCAAAGGGUAUGGUUUGCGCCUAGGAUGGUCUCAAGCCCCCGGGCGUCGCUCUCAUCGGCGCCAAUUGCGAGCCCCAUUAUCAGAUGCGGACCAAGGGUUGUCAUCUGCCGCUGUUACGGAACUACUGGUUGAGUUAGAUGGAUGUUCAGGGCAUGGCUGUGCCCAACAACGAGGACCGUUCUCGGUGUUCUCUUUGUCAAGCCUAGAGACUCAAGAUUCAACCUGUGUUGAUCUACCUAACUUGGAAGUUUCACUUUUAGACCAAGAAACGGAGGUUUCACAGCAUAUCUCGGACUUGGUCGACUUAGCAGAUGGCGACAGAGGUAGCGAGUUGGCUUCACCGAAGCCCACGUGGGCCGGCUCAUCAUCUACUACCGCGCCGUUUAUGUUUGAAUCCCACAAGGACUUAUGCACGGUAUCAUCAAGGCCUAAUGAUCUGGUCGGUGAUAUGUCUAUCAAUGAAGUCGCCUAUGUUCACCACAAAAGCCCCAGAAAUAUGCCGUCAGAACCGAGCGACUACGGCAGACCAAUAUCAAAUAUCUACAACAAUCGGACUGUGAUAUCCCCCUGGGAUUCCUUGAGUCCAUUGGUUCUCCCAAGACCAGAGACAGAGCUAGUCCAUCACUGGGUUGUUUUUCUCAGCGGAAACAUGCUCUUAAUUGACACCCCGGACAAUCCCUGCCGGGCAGUGUUCUUGCCUCUGGCUUUGAAAGGCCUUGAUGCCUCCCCAGCAGAAUCGAACAUCCAUCUCUCAAUCUUCCACGCUAUCUGUGCCUCCUCUGCUUUUAGUCUUUCUCACCUCCGGCAUGAUUCGCGGUACCAUUCCAUCGCCGUCCACCAUGACCAGCUAGCUCUGGGUCAUUUGCGAGGAAGCCUACAACAGGCUAGCUGCCUAGAUGAGCCCACUUUAGCCGCUGUCCUUACCUGCAUCUCCGCUGAAGCUAUGUCUGGUCGCCGCAGCCGAUGGAGAGCACACGUUUCUGGAUGCCUUGGCCUCCUGGAGAACGAGAUCCAUGGCGAUUGGAUCCGUACUCCGACUGCUGCUAGAUUGGUUAAAAGCUACUUGUCCCUUUCCUCACUAUGCAGUCUUCCUAUACCUGACCAGCUCAUGUCGCUCCUCAAUGGCCCCUCCCAUUUACAUCACUACCUAGAACAAUCGCAUGGAGUCACAAUACCACUGGUCCAAUGCCUCGCUCAAAUCACCACACUUGUUGAGUCCCAGACACAGCUUUCCACCGAAGAACUCGACCGGCUCCAACUCCAGCUCUACUUGAACUUUCCGUCCUUGUCCAACCCAGACGCCCCCGGUUCGGUCAUUGUCCAACACGCUUUGAACUCAUUCUACUAUGCGACGAUUGUAUAUUUCCGCCGCAGUUUGCGUGGCGCACCAUUGUGCGACGUACAGGAUCUGAUUGAGAAAGGCAUACACGAGCUUGAAUCUGUCGAUGCGCUCACGCGCGACAAGGGUGGCUGUUCCUAUAACUGGGCAAGUUUUGUGGUUGCGGCUGACUGCGACCGGCCUGAUCUGCAAGAUCGAAUGUUGGCAUUCUUUCACCGGAAGAGUCGGCACGGCAUCCAGAGUAUCAAUAUAUUAUGUGAAAUCGUUCAAGCUCUGUGGAAUCGGCGGGCAGUGGCUGGACCGUACGUUGAUAUACAGUGGCAGGAUAUUGCAAGAGAAGCUGAUUUUGACUUCAUGCUUGUUUGA